GUUGUUGAUAGUUUGAGAAAUCAGUUGGUCACGGUACGACAAACCUCAGAGCAGCAUUUUUUGUGGUCACGAAUCCCGAUGGAUUUGUGGAUUCGCUGUGGUGGAGCAGUUGUUUUUGAUCAGGACCCUUUACUAAGCAGUCGGUGGUCAGUAGAUUGCAGCCUGUGGGAUAAAUUGUGCAGCUCUGCGGAUGAAGGCAUUGUGAGGUUAUUGUCCACCGUUAUCUAUAGGCUCCUUGUUGAGCUGAAACCUUUUUUAUUAAAAGAUAGUAGUUUGGAAAUAGGCCCAGGAUGCUUAGCGAUCAAGACGCAACAGUUCCUGAUAGCGAGGUCUAUUGAUAGCAUGCUUCGUUCAGGAAGAUUUGGCUCAAAAAAGUACGAGCAGUAUGAAACGUGCUAG